AUGAGCACCGUCAACAGCGUCGUGGCCAUUGUCAGCGGCCUCGCGAGCGAGUGGCUCGUCGGGCUCGUCGGCACGUCGAGGGCGCCGUUUGGCGCGAGCGCCCUCCUCGUCGGCGCGGCAGCCGUGUGCAUGCUCGUGGCAUGGGACGAGAACUACGGCGCAACAGGGACGUCCUCCGAGUCCGACGCGAAAAAGCAGGAGACGACUUCGACGACUGUGUCCCUGUGGAACACCCUCACGACGCCCGGCAUGCUCGCCCUGACCGUGGCCUCGACAGCCUUCGAGGGCUCCAUGUACCUCUUCGUCGUCCUCUGGGCUCCCGUCCUGGAACCCGUCGCCGCCUCGUCCUCAUCCUCUCCAGAACCCCUCCCCUACGGCCUCAUCUUCGCCUCCUUCAUGUCGGCGACCCUGCUCUCGUCCCUCGCCUAUCCACGCCUGACCGCCCACCUGUCCCCGCCCACACUGCUGGCCCUGCUGCUGGCGACGGCCUCGCUCCUCCUGCACGCCCUCGCCUCCCGCCCCGCGGGCCCGCAGCCCGCCUUCUGGCUCUUCUGCGCCUUCGAGGCCGUCGUCGGCGCCUACUUUCCCGCGCAGGCGACGCUCAAAAACGCCCUCGUCCCCGACGCCGUCCGCGCCCGCGCCUACGCCGCCCUGCGCGUGCCGCUCAACGUCUUCGUCGUGCUGAGCCUGCAGCUCAUGGGCGAGGGGUCCGCCGACGCCGCGGGCCGUGUCUUUGCCGUCUGCGCGCUGCUCCUGCAGGUCGGCGCCGCGGGCGUGGGCCAAUGCCCGCUCGGAGAUGCCGCCGACGUCAGUUUAGACGACGGCCCUGCGAAACGUGCCACCGGAGACAUCGCAUCGCACCCGCGCCCACUGUCAUCGGGCCUUUCGUCGCCGCGGCACCGCCGACGGGACUCGCGAGAUGGUAUCACCAUGUUUGACCCAGAUCAAGGCGGCCUCACCGCCCCCGCCGCCCCAUUUGUGUAA